AUGACGUACAUCGAUGACAGGGAUAAUGUGUAUUCCAACUUGGUCUCUAACUACGUCAAUUCUGACACUGCCGCAUCGACCACGUCUCAUGGCCCAGCCACCACUUCCCAAACGGUUCCCACCGAUUCCAAACCCGUCACCGUCGAUACCACCUCUCAGAAACCUCCCCCAAGUUUUCGUCUCAAUGACACUAGCCCAGCGAAGGGCGCCGACUUUUUGAAGCUGGUUCAGAAGGAGGUGUUGAAGCUGUUCAAUUCAACUGCGGGACAGGCCUUCGUCGUCCAGUUUCCAGGGCGCUUCCUCCAGGAGAGUCUGUAUGCCUGGGAUACCGAUACUGCCGGAAUUUACGGCCAGUUUACCAAGUCGAUCGUCGUCAAUGAAAUGGAAGUUCGACUCGUUGACCAAGGUCAGGUUAUUGGUGCGUCCAACGGAUCAAAUAUUCCCAUCACCUAUGAACAGAUUAUCAACAUCUUAAUUCCUGGUUUCAACGAUUCCCAGGCCAACUUGGCAAAGCAGCAGGACAGAAUUCGCAAGUUGUCACCUACCGGUGACUCUGAUAGCUCAUUCGCCGUUUCAAAUGAGCUUGACGACGGAAAAGUCAAUCGUAUGGAGCUCGCAGAGGCUCUCAUGGAAGAGUACCUGACAGCUAAGACCGUUCGCGAGGCUCAGCUGCCCGCAAAAUAUGACGACGCCGUCGUGUUUGGCUACUCUCAUACCAUCCGUCAAUACCUCGGCUACAUGGAUAUCAAAAGUCCAGCUGAACUGUUGCAAGACGCCAAGGACUCUUUCCGUGAAUCCUCAGCCAGUUUCCUCGACGGCAGCAUGAAAGUCUACCCUAUACAAAUGUUUCUCGUUGACUGGUACAGAAGUUUUUCCACCCCUUUCACCAUGGAAGAUCUUACCUCAGACCCCGACGCGAUCCAGCAGCAGAUUGAUGCGAAAUCUAAGCGAAUCGACGCUUUGCAAACGCGCUUGGCUUUCUUACAGGGUACGCCAAAGGCCAAUCUAGACGAGUGGAAGAAAAAACUCGAUGAGGCACAGAGCGCCAAGGCUCAGGACAAUACCAAUGUCGUCUCCCUUGCGUUGACAUUCGUCAGCACUGCCGGCGUUUUUCUCAUGACCGAGUUUGUGUCCGCAGCAAGCGCUCUCGAUAUUGCAGCAAAGCUUUACCAGGGGAUUGAGGGCGCAAUGAAGAAGGCUGGAGAAGCCCAUGUUGCUGUCAUAAAUGCAAGUCGGGCCUAUGCGACGCUACUUGCAGAAAUCGCUGCAGCUGAGGACCUGAGAGACGUCACGGAGCUCACUACACUUCUUGAAUCUCUGCGCUUCGAUGCCUCCGGCGAUGUCAAGCCGUGCAAGGACACCAAGGACGUCAAAAAUGCGGAUGUUUUCACCUUUCCGCCUGCGACUUCGGAUGGUAGUCGAUGGCAGGAGAUCAUUAUAAACACGAAACGUCGAACAUGUUCCAAACGACGGACAAGUCUUCUUACCCUUAUUCAGAGGAUUCAGGACUAUCCUUCUGGUGGGGCGGAUAUUCUGAAUCUUCGUCGGAUUCCGGCGCGGACGACAAAAGCCAUCUCAAGCAAUCUAACUUCCAAAUGGAGAUUGGUUUCCGGUCUACGAUGGUCACAGUCGCUUGAGGCGGAUGUCCGCGCUGCUGGUGGAAUCCUGAUGUGGUCGACCUCUAGUUCGAGCAAUGUCAGCUCUUCCCACCAGAUGGUCUCUACGCAGACGACGGCAGAUGGUUUCAUCAUCCGAAUUCCUAGUCCCCGGCAAGGGUCAGCCGCAGUAGCACUCAACCACGCCGCCCAGAGCCAGGUCGCUCAAGAGGCUGCAGUUGGGAAAGAGAAAUCUCAGACCCCCAAGACUAGCGUUCUGCCACGACCCAAGGCAAUGACCGAGGCCCAGCCUUCGCUUACGAUCAUCAUAAUUUUGCUGUCUCGCUCACUUAAGUCGAUGACACUCGUGACAUGUGGUUUCCGCUUGUUUCAGACACGGACCACCUCUUCUAUAUAA